UUGUAUUUUGUUUUGAUGUCGUUGCUUCCGCAAUGGACAUGUAUUUCUUUCUACAGUUUACUAACCGUACAGUAGGUGGCGGUAGACACGUUAUAUUUGUGUAAAUGUCAGUAUACCAGAGAAGAAGAUGACGCUGUUGCCAUGUGGUAGAGGGGAACAGGAAGUUCCGGGUUGAAAACGACAGAACUGUGUUAUGUCGAUGGUGGUUGUGUCCGUUUCAACUGUAUCAUUGUAGGCCGACUCAGAUUAAGUCUGAGGCCGGUAACAUCAACAGUGAGCACGAACCCAUCCUGCCACUUUCCUUCCACACUGAGUAGAAACCUACAGUCACUGGGUCCUGAUUGUGACGAUGGAGCCCAGUUUGCACUGCAGGAUCCAGAGAUGGCAUCAGUGAAGCUGGAAGACUGCAGUCAAACACUGGAGCUGAAUGUCAACAUUAAAGAUGAAGAAGAGGAGGAGAAGAUUGGGACAACUGUUAGUCAUGGAUACCAUGUUGAGACAUUCUCUACAUCCAGAGAGCAACAGCAGGAAGAUCACAGAGCUAAGAGGUCUCACCACUGCCCACAUUGUGGGAAGAUUUUCCCAUUUCUAUCGAAGCUAAAAAUACACCUAAGAAAACACACAGGAGAGAAACCGUAUUCCUGCUCUGACUGUGUGGCGAGUUUCUCUCAACUUUCCGACUUAAAAUCACAUGAAAGUAUACAUACAGGGGAGAAGCCUUACGUCUGCUCUGACUGUGGAAAACGUUUUAAAACAUCAAAUAAGCUAAAAUCUCAUCAGAGAACACACACAGGAGAGAAGCCUUACGUCUGCCCUGACUGUGGAACUAGUUUCUCUCACCUUUCCAACUUAAAAACACAUGAACGUAUACAUACAGGAGAGAAGCCUUACUCCUGCUCUGACUGUGGAAAACGUUUUCAAACAUACGCUCAGCUAAAAGUUCAUCAGAGAACACACACAGGAGAGAAGCCGUACGUCUGCCCUGACUGUGGAACUAGUUUCUCUACACUUUCCAACUUAAAAUCACAUGAACGUAUACAUACAGGAGAGAAGCCUUACUCCUGCUCUGACUGUGGAAAACGUUUUAAAACAUCCGCUCAGCUAAAAGUUCAUCAGAGAACACACACAGGAGAGAAGCCUUAUGUCUGCCCUGACUGUGUAACUAGUUUCUCUCACCUUUCCGGCUUAAAAACACAUGAACGUAUACACACAGGAGAGAAGCCUUUCUUCUGCUCUGACUGUGGGGCGAGUUUCUCUCAACGUACCCACUUAAAAAAACACCAACGUAUACACACAGGAGAGAAGCCUUACGUCUGCUCUGACUGUGGAAAAUGUUUUAAAACAUUAUAUGAGCUAAAAUCUCAUCAGCGAACACACACAGGAGAGAAGCCUUACGUCUGCCCUGACUGUGGAACUAGUUUCUCUCACCCUUCCACCUUAAAAUCACAUGAACGUUUACACACAGGAGAGAAGCCUUACUUCUGCUAUGACUGUGGGGCGAGUUUCUCUCAUCUGGGCACCUUAAAAACACACCAACGUAUACACAUAGGAGAGAAGCGUUACUUCUGCUCUGACUGUGUAAAAUGCUUCAAAACAUCAAAUGAGCUAAAAGUUCAUCAGAGAACACACGAAUGAGAGAAGCCUGCUUACGUCUGCUCUGACUUUUGGGUGAGUUUCUCUCACCAUAGCAUCUUAACACACCAAUGUAUACACACAGGGGAGAAGCCUUACUCCUGCUCUGUGGAGGGGUGGGUAAGUCAAACGUCUAACCAAAAGCUGCGUGUUUGAAUCUUAUCAAGGAGGACUUUAGCAUUAUAGCUCAUAGCAACUUUGUAACUACUUAUUACUUUUUAGCUAUGUUAUCUAAUCUUUUCCCUAAACCCAUUUAACUCUACCUUAAAACUUCUUAGGGCUGCAAUCCCGAUAACGGGAUCGAUAUGACAACAGCCAGUGAAAGUGCAGGGCGCCAAAUUCAAAAAAACAAAUCUAAUAAUUCAAAUUCCUCAGACAUACAUGUCUUAUACCAUUUAAAAGGUAAUCUUGUUGUUAAUAUCACCAAAUUGUCCGAUUUUUAAAUAUGCUUUUCAGCGAAAGCACCACAAACGAUUAUGUUAGGUCACACCAAACCACAAUAAGCACAGCCAUUUUUCCAGCCAAAGAUAGGAGUCACAAAAAGCACAAAUAGAGAUAAACUGAAUCACUAACCUUUGAUGAUCUUCAUCAGAUGACACUCAUAGGACUUCAUGUUACACAAUACAUGUAUGUUUUGUUUGAUAAAGUUCAUAUUUAUAUAAAAAAAUCUGAGUUUACAUUGGCGCGUUCCAUUCACUAGUUCCAAAAACAUCCAGUGAUUUUGCAUAGCCACAUCGAUUCAACAGAAAUACUCAUCAUAAAUGUAGAUGAUUAUACAAGGUAUACACAUGGAAUUAUAGAUAUACCUCUCCUUAAAGCAACUGCUGUGUACGAUUUUCAAAAAUACUUUACGGAAAAAGCAAACCAUGCAAUAAUCUGGGACGGCGCUCAGAACAAUAGUCAAAUUAGCCGCCAUGUUGGAGUCAAUAGAAACCGGAAAUUACAUGAUAAAUGUUCCCUUUGAUGAUCUUCAUCAGAAUGCACUCCCAGGAAUCCCAGGUCCACAAUAAAUGCUUGAUUUGUUCGAUAAUGUCCGUUAUUUAUGUCCAAUUAGCUACUUUUGUUAGCGCGUUUGGUAAACAAUUCCAAAGUCACGAAGCGCGUUCCCUAAAAGCUGACGAAAUGUCCAAAAGUUCCGUAACAGUCAGUAGAAACAUGUCAAACGAUGUAUUGAAUCAAUCUUUAGAAUGUUGUUAACAUAAAUCUUGAAUAACGUUCCAACCGGAGAAUUACAUUGACUUCAGAUGAGCGAUGGAUCAGAGCUCCCUCUUUUAUGUGAACGCACGCGCAUGGUCAAAGAAUGGUCAGGUCGUGGCAGACCUGACUAAUUCCUCUCUCAUUCGACCCCCCUUCAGUUCUACAGACGGUUGACAUCUAGUGGAAGCCGUAGGAAGUGAAAACUCAUUCAUAUCUCGCUGUGAUUUCAAUGGGAUCUUGGUUGAAAAUCGACCAGCCUAAUAAUUUCCACAUCCUGUUUGGAUUUUUUCUCAGGUUUUUGCCUGCCAUGUGAGUUCUGUUAUACUCAGACAUAAUUCAAACAGUUUUAGAAACUUCAGAGUGUUUUCCAUCCAAUACUACUAAUAAUAUGCAUAUAUUAGAAACUAUGAUUGAGGAGCAGGCCGUUUACUCUGGGCACCUCUGUGCACCUUUCAUCCAAGCUACUCAAUACUGCCCCUGCAGCCACAAGAAGUUAAACCCCUCACCCGUAACCUAGCUAAAGUUAGCAAGAACAAAUUGGAAUUCGUAACAUAUCAUACAUAUUACAAGUUCGUAACAUAUUGUAUGAAUAUCAAUGCGUAAAAUAACAUUCGAAUUGUAAUUCAUAACAUACGAUACGUCGUAUUAUACUGAAUAACAAUCUAAACGCAACAAUUUCAAAGAUUUACAGUUCGUAUAAGGAAAUCAGUCAAUUGAAAUAAAUGAGGCCCUAAUCUAUGGAUUUCACAGGACUGGGCAGGGGCUCAGCCAUGGGUGGGAUUUGGGAGGGCAUAGGCCCACUUGGGAGCCAGGCCCAGCCACUCAGCAUGAGUUUUUCCCCAGAAAAGGUCUUUAUUACAGACAGGAAUACUACUCGGCGCCCCCCCCCCCCCCCCCUCCCAGACAAUCCUGCAGGUGAAGAGGUCCUGGGCUGCCGUGGUUACAUGUGAUCUGCAGUUGUGAGGCCGGUUGGAUGUACUGCCAAAUUCUCUAAAAGGACGUUAGAGGUGACUUAUGGUAGAUAUAUAAAUAUUGAGUUCUCUGGCAACAGCUCUGGUGGACAUUCUUGCAGUCAUGACAAUUGCACAUUCCCUAAACUUGAGACAUCUAUGACAUUGUGUUGUGUGGCCUUUUAUUGUCCUCCAGCACAAGGUGCACCUGUGUAAUGAUAAUGCUGUUUUAUCAGCAUCUUGAUAUGCCACACCUGUCAGGUGGAUGGAUUAUCUUGACAAAGGCUGAAAUGCUCACUAACAGGGAUAUAAACAAAGUUGUGCACAACAUUUGAGAGACAUUAGCUUUUUGUGCAUAUGGAACAUUGCUGGAUUUUAUUUCAGCUCAUGAAACCAACACUUUACAUGUUUAGUUUAUAUUUUAGUUCAGUUUAUAUUGGUAGUCCAAUGUAAUGUUACCUAACAUACUAAAUGGAGUGGCAUGGAUGUUUUUUAUAUAAUAUAAUACUUUUUGCUCUGAGACCAGGUUGUCCCUCUGCAGUAUUCUGUGGGAAGGAGCUAGUAUACACUUUUUUUUUUAAUUGAACCUUUGUUUAACUAGGCAAGUCAGUUAAGAACAAAUUCUUAUUUACAAUGAUGGCCAAGGAACAGUGCCUUGGUCAGAGGAAGAACAACAGAUCUUUACCUUGUCAGCUCGGGCAUUCGAUCAAGCAACCUUUUGGUUACUGGCCCAAUGCUCUAACCACGAGGCUACCUUCCGCCCCUAACAUGUAUCAGAUAGAGAUGGUGUGAUGAUCACUUUUCACCAUUAGUUUGGGGGGGAUUGUUUUACAACUUUAUUUAAUGAUACACAGUUUAUGAAAUGAAUACAUGUGUUUAUUAAUUGUCUUUAAAACUAGAUUAGUUAUUUUAAUUACUGAUCAUGAAUGUCUUUGGAUAACUGCAUUGAAGCAAACUUUUAUUGAUCUGCCAAUGAAAAAUAAAGUUACAUGAAUAUG